AAUGUGUGACUGUAAUAAUGGAGAGAAAGAGCGUUAUUGAGCAAAGCUUUUGUGAUGGCAGACGCAGCCGAUCGAACCAGACAGAACAGGGCCGAGGAGAACCGCUUAAAGCAUGCUUGCGACGCUGGAAUGGUGUCUGGUGAAAUCCCUUCAGACAGUGAGGAUUCUAAUAAUCCACCGAGUUCUGACUCUGUAAGCUCCGUGUCACCACCAAGACUUGCUGAUCUUGCAGCGAACUUCCGAGUCUUUUCUGAGACAAUGGCAAGGAUGGACCUUGCGGAGAUGGAGAUGAUCAAGGCAAGAGAGGCUUCAAGGUUGGAGGCAGAGAAGAGGAGGAUGGAGUUGGAGGCUGAGUUGACUCGAAUGAUGCUGCAGACUCGGUUGCGGAUUGCUUCGAUUGUGGCAGGGAAAGGAAUGGGAAGCAAGAGGAAACGAGCUGGUGAAGAAGACGAGGAGAUGCCCAUCUCGUCAAGGGAAGGAGCUUUGCUACUAAAUUUGCUACAAUGCAACAACUUCUUUUGAAGUCUAUCCAUGGCAAUCUGGCCCUGAUUUCUUGUCCUUUUCUUUUGUUUUUAACAAAUAAAAAUGCCUGCUUGAUGUUCUCUGUAUCAAGAAUGGACAGAGCAAUAAAGAGAUUUUGCAUCCAA